UGCGAACAAUCAUCUCCCGAUCGACAAUUCGCAUCCUUUGUUUAACGGAUCGCUGGCGGUUUUUUUUUUCGCCGCGUUAAUUGCCUUAUCAGGGUCUCAAAGACGGAAAAAUAAACGUCAUUGGCCGCAACACUGGCAUCUUUUAGCGGGCACGUGAGAGGUGGAUCACGUAUCGCCACACACUCGCAAUACACACACGAUCGGGAGGCCACACGGUCGGUUAUUAUGUCGCAGAUAUGGCCCGAAGGUAAUUAAUACUAUUGUUAUGAUUCAGACGGGCACGUCAUGUCCGCGUACCUUGACUAGGCGAUCCUUCAGUCUUUGGCCGGAGCUCUAGCGCACAGGUUCGCGGCCGCUCGACGUCUCCCGAGGCGCGCACACAUGACACAUGCAUCCGCCGUGCGCUUUAAACACCAUCCCGGGGAAAUAAUAUGUCACUUACAAAGCGGCAGCGUCUUGCAAUACCAUAUGUCACGCUUUCAGUUGUGCAAUCUUGUACAGUAAUAAAUCGCCGUGCGGUGUGUUGGUGCGUUAAUUCCUAGUCCAAGCGAGUAGUAUGCAACCGUGCACAAAAAAAAUUCGUGCGAACGGUAAAAGUGAGUUGUGUGGGGUGUAACACCUUGAUAUAAUCUGCAUAUCUCCAAUACUUGUGCCGCUUUUAUGUACCGAGGAUGACGAAGGCACGUACGGCGAGCUGAAUGUGUGAGCACACUAAGGGAGAUAAGCGUGCAGUUUUUCCGCGUCGCGCAAUUACCGCCGAUCGGAAAAUCCCGUCUUGAAAAUGAACGCCUUCGCCGACGGUGUCCGGCGGGAAAAAAUGUCCAGCAGCAGCGCGCUCAACGACAUGGCGGAGGACACAAGGAGCAAGUUCAACAAGUCGACUCAGAGCGACAUUCCGUGGAAGCUCUCUUACGCCGCGCCUAGAUCCAAACCGCAGUCUUUAGGAUAUUUGCCGGCGAAGCAGUUUCAAAUGAGCGAGCUGAGCUUCUCCACGCACAGCUCUAGGAGCACCUUGUACCCGGUUCAGAGCGAGCUGGUUUUAUCUCCUAGAAGCAGAUACAACAACAAUAGAUACGUAUCGUUAGACAUGAGAUCGGUGAGCAGCCUCCCGUAUUCUAGUCCGCACUUGAACAGUAACGUUUUGGGCAACGGUGCGCCGUACACGUGUUGCUGUACGUGCACGGGCUCGCAAAACCCGCCGCCGACGCCAUCCUCGUCUCACAAUCAACCCGACGAGCAGGACGGGCCGGAAAGUCUCUCAUGGAGGAGACUCCACAUGAGCAGGGCGAAGCUGAAAGCAACCGCAACAACAUCCGAGCUUCUUAGUGGAUUCGCAAUGGUGGCGAUGGUGGAACUGCAAAUCAACGAGCCGACCGAGGUGCCAGAAUGGCUGUUCGUAAUGUUCGCAGUCUGCACUACGUUCUUGGUGUCGGUGCACAUCUUCGCGUUGAUGAUAAGCACGUAUCUUUUACCCAACAUCGAAGCCGUAAGCAAGCUUCAGGUGUCGCGGCUUGUGACGGAGUCGCCGCAUGAGAGAAUGCGCGGCUUCAUCGAGCUGGCCUGGGCGUUCUCCACGAUACUCGGACUGUUCCUCUUUCUGGUGGAAGUGGCUAUCCUCUGCUGGGUGAAGUUCUGGGACUAUUCUUUCACCGCUGCCACUGCCAGCACUGUGAUAGUCAUUCCCGUGCUAAUAGUAUUCGUCGCUUUCGUCGUUCACUUUUAUCACUCUUUGGUGGUUUACAAAUGUGAGACUGCGGUGUUAGAUAUGAAGGACUUGGAGAGUAUAAAGAGGAACUUGGACAAUGUGACGAUGGGGCAAACUAACGUGUGAACUGUGAAACCAUAAUGUGACAAAUGUUAUUGAGUGAAGUGACAGGAAAACUUUUGUCGAAACUUAGGACAACGGAGUAAAAAUUGUAUACUAUAAAUUUCUCUCGGAAGUUAAUUUAUUGCAGGCGAAUACUCAGGUUUUGAAGUAGGAACCGCUGUUUAAAUUGAAAGACACGUUUAAUAAAAACGGCGAUAAGAAAAACACAUGCGAAUUUGUUAUCAAUAACUUUACUUUUCAAACGUGACCAUACGUGAAAAUGGCCAGGUUUUAUUAUAUAUAAAAAUGUACAUAGCUGUACACAUGCAAGUCAAGAAUUGCAACAGUACAAGCAAGUGCUCUUAGAAUAUUACUUAUAAUAUCCAGCAUUUAAUAAUAUUCUCUCUAUAUAUAUAUAUACGGUUCAACUCUUGAUCUUCAUUUAAACCUGUUCCUUCAUCAUUCUUUCUCUCUAUCAUACGUAUCACUAGUAUAUAUUUCCUUUUAGCUCGUUCACUUAGUUUGCGGGAAAGCUGAAGGACACAGAGUUGAGUACUCAUUUUAUAUACACUUCCAGUUUACAUAAUGAGCAUUUUCAGUGCUUGUAAUCCUAGUCCAUAAAUAAAUCAGACUUAAGGACGUUCGAUAAAGCGUCGCUUAUAGAAGAAGAACAAAUGUAUACAGUCGGCGUGUCUUUCAUCUUUGCCAAAAACCAAGCUGCAACCUUACUAUAAACACUUUCUAUAGUAUUAUGCCUUAAUUUCUUUUUUUUCUUUUUUGUACAAAAACACUCAUCGAGGGAGGAGUCGUUGUAAGCAAAUCGGGGGGAAACAAAAUUGCUUUAGCAACAAAAAUGUCAUGAUCCUGUCGCGGUAUAAAUUACAAAUUGUAUUGCACUAAUCCUAUGCUCGAAAACUCGACCGUUUUCUUAGAGAUACACGCUACGUUGUAUUCGAUUAUUUGCUUAAAUAAGCAAAAUCUCUUCACAGAGGCAUAACGCGAAUCUUGCUACUGCAAAAUUUGCCUCCUGAGGUUAUUCGUAUGUACAUUGGAAGAAAAAAUUUUUAAUGUACGUUAAAUAUUACAAAAGUAUAAAGAUUGUAUCGCAGUAGAUAUUUAUAUAAAAAAAAACAAAAAAAAAACCAAAAAAUGUAAUUAUACAGUUGAGAAAUCAAUAAUAUGUGCAUCAAGCACUCUUUAAAAUGUAACAAAUACGUUUAAAAUAAAUAAUUUUUCACAAACGCAA